AGCUCCCAACCAGUCUCGCACGAGCUUCGCGACACGUCGGAAGGAGAAGAGCUUUCGUACUCGUGCUUCCGCUUGACUUCGCGCCGAAGUAGAGGACGUUAGUCACCGUGUCGUUUGUCUCAACGUACGCGACGACGACAGUUGGGCACACGGAGAAAGACUAAUUGCGAAAUUUGUUGCAACGGUUAAUACACCCAGCGCGUGUCCUCGAAAUUGCGCGAGCCUAAAAUUGCAGCAAGUCGCGGCGACAUUAAUCACCGAUGGGCCGUAUCGUUCAUCUUAACUGGCGAAAGCCGAAGAAGGAUAAGACUGAACAGAGUGCGAAUGGCGCGAUAUCGCCGUGCGGCGGCGACGGCGGCGGCGAGCCGCAGGCCGCAAAUUUGGGCAUGGCGACGACCGGCUCGGCGGCGCCGGUCUCGGGUCCGGUUCCGGAUCCCGGAGACCAGAAAAAACCGAACAGGCCGAAUACCCUCGACGCCAGGGUGGUAGCCAGGAGGUUGAUCUUAUUCGACAUGGACAAGGGGGUGCUCGAUCAGAGUGCCGACAAUCAGCAGGUUAUCGAGAGGUGUUACCCGUUACCACCUCAGAAUACCCUGAUGUUGUCGGAACUCCCAGAACCGCCGAUUCCAUUGAGUGAAAUCGGCCCCAUACCACCCCCGCCGAUGUUCAGCUCUCCGAGCCCGACUUUACUGGCGAGGCAACGGCAAAUUCCGCUCUCAGACUGCGAGGAUGAGGAUGAGGAAGACAUCGACGUGGAGGAGGAAGACGACAAUAUGUACGUCUUCAGGGUGUCGCAGCCGGAUCCGGCCAUCGACACGUCUCGUGUCGAGGAGAUUCCGGCGAAGGAACCCAAGUUCCACGCCGUACCGCUGAAGAGCGUGCUGAAGAAGCGAGGUUCCGGAAGCGGGCCCGGCACGCCGCAGGGUACGCCGACACAGGAGAACAGGCCGCUGACGCUUCGCCAGGAGCUCCACGCCUCGUUCAAAAGGCCACCGUUGAGGCCUAGGAUGAGAAUAUGCAGUCGACCCGUCAGAUUCGGCCUCGCUCUGCCCUGCACGCUGGAGAACAAGGAGAACGCGAGGCCGUACGUUAUUAGGGAAGAUGUGGACGAUUCCGACGGACAAGUUCUCUACAGGGACGACUACGAUGACGAGAAAAGCCGUCUGGCAGCCAAGAUCGCGCGCAAGGAAUCGCUUUCGCUGAAACUCGCCCUGAGGCCAGACCGACAAGAACUCAUCAAUAGGAACAUCCUGCAGCUGCAGACCGACAAUGAGAGGCAGGAGACGAAAGAGGCCAUUGGCGCCAAACUCAUCAGGCGACUGAGUAUGCGGCCGACUCAGGAGGAACUCGAAGAGAGAAAUAUUUUAAAGAAGCAAAGUCCCGCCGAGGAGAAAAAGCAGAAGGAGGAGAAGAAACGCUAUCUCCUACGGAAGCUGAGUUUCCGACCAACCGUUGAGGAGCUAAAGGAGAAAAAGAUUAUCAGGUUCAACGACUAUAUCGAGGUAACGCAGGCUCACGAUUACGAUAGAAGAGCCGACAAGCCCUGGACGCGAUUAACUCCGAAGGACAAGGCUGCCAUCAGGAAGGAGUUGAAUGAGUUCAAGAGUUCGGAGAUGGCCGUUCACGAAGACAGCCGACACCUCACCAGGUUCCAUAGGCCAUGACAAUUGCAAUGUGUUGAGGUGCUACAGUGUGGUGCGGGUAUAGGUGCAGUGUGGUGGCCUCGUAUUGAGGCUGGGUAAAAAUAAAAGAAUCGGGUAUCGUAGCUCUCGGAUUGAAGGGCGAAGUGCACGAUAUUCGAUCGGUGACGGUGAUUUCUUUGACGUUGUUGCGUCGUGUCGCCAUUCGUUGUUGGCGCCAAACAUCAUCAUCCGUCGGCACUUCCUCCGUCAUUUAGGGACGUCAACGGCGAGCGCCACCACGACGUCGACGAAGAUUGUGAUAGGGUGACCCACCGCCCUGCCGAAGAGGACUUCGGCGGGUCGCUCGCCGAUUUCUUUUCUUAAGGGUCGUUCACACCCGUGCUCAACCAAGCAGCUCUUCGCGCUUUUCGACACUUGUCCGACUUCUCUCCGCUCUGUAACUUUAAUGCCGAUAAACGAUCUCGUUGUAGUGCAUGCAUCGAGGCGUUUAUAUUUUCAAGAGGUAUCCAUGAAAUAUUCUUGAAAUAUAUAAUAUACACCUCCGCACGGUAAAUUAUCAUGUGGAUAAAUACACGGCGCGCGAGUAUCUUUUUUCGGAUUAAACAACGUCAUUAAAGUUUAAAGCUUAACAAUCUAUCUUCGAGUCUACUCUCGAAAGCUUGCCGCUGUGAAAAUCAAAAACGUUGUAUAGUAGGUAAGACUUUUUUAUAGAAACGCUCAGUGUGUCCGCUCGUUUACGCUGAAGUAGAUCAGAAGAUGUUUCUGAUUACGUAUCGUGUCUCAUUCAUAAUCGACGUUUCGUGUGUUAUAAAUUUUAUAAAUUGUUUUUCGUUGUUGUUUAACAUGUUUGGAAAUCAUGUAAGAUGCGUCUAUCACGAAUAUGUUUUAGCCAUAAAAAGAUUGUCGUGCAACGGGGACCGCAGGUCACUCGUAUACCAGUGCGCGAAUAUCGUAUAGAUUAAUUGCAUGUAAAUUAAUCACAUUUAGAUUAAGCGCGAAACUCUAGUGUAAUUUCAUAGAUAUUGCGAGCGCGUGUGUGAACAUACCCUUAACCGUGUAAACACCAUUUUGCAAUCAAGCUAGCUCAUCAGUGUCACCUGGCAUCGUUGUAAACGUCUCUCAAGUUUCGAGUCAUCGUAACGCGGAUAUGUAAUAUGUCUUGAUAUCACCAAAAAUACUCGAAUCUUCUUUACGAAUAUUUGAGAAUCGACGGAGAGGUACAUCACAUUACAAGCGAUAUCUCGUAAAAAAUAUCGAGUAAAGUUGGAUUUAGUUUAACAAAAAAAGAAAAUCCUUUAGUAUUACCUGAUAUUUUUAUACGUUGACGAAUAAAAAUUACAAAGAGUUUUCCACAAAAUCAUUUUUUCGAUCACCUUCGUUUUUAAUGAUUAAGAUUAUUCGGCUGGUGUCCGAAAAUGUGAUUUACGAUAAUUCCAUAUUCUCACGAUUUUUGGCGUGAUCCGCGCAGAGCGUUCAUUGCUUGUGACUCACUAAUACAAUUGCGUGCAUUAGUUCAUUAAGCUCUUCGCACACAUUGCGCGAGAAAUGAAAACAGCCAUUCAGUGUCUACGACAAUCGGUCGACUGCUCGAUCGACAAAACUGUUUUCCUUUACUGCCAGGUAUCACUCUCUUGUGGAGCUGCCUUGAGGAGCAAGCGCUUACGAUUAUUGUCUAAAAAGAAAAAAAGAAAACUAGAUGUACUCUGUUCGCGGGGAAGUCAGAGAUGCAUUGUGCAAUUAAACUUUGUACAGGAAUAUUCAUAGCGUGUACGUUAGUGAUUAUUAUUAUUAUCAUUGUUAUCGAUAAUAUAUCGCUAUAGGGACGCUCUAUGGUCCUCGUUAUUUUCGAUCGCGCGCGCGCGCCUUAAUUAUGGCAAUGUUAAGAAAUUCAUUGAGAGCAGAAAUGUGUCAGUUGCUGUUCCGCAUUCGUCAAGCGCGAAUGUAAUGAUUUUACAAUAAAAAUUACAGCCUCACAAAAAAUCAUUAAACGUAUUUUCGACAAAUAAGAUGUAUGUUUGCUAUAUAUUUGGAAAAAUGCGUUCAUUGUAGUGAUGCGGUAAUAAAAAGAAAAAUAUAUCAUUAGGAAAGAUAUAUCGUUGAAACCGAUUCAUGUGAGUUUAUAUAUGUAUUAUCGAGUUAAUUUAUGCUCGCGGAAGGCGGAACAUCAACGACUGACAUUCUACUCUUGUAAAAACAAUUUGGUGGAUCAACUGUGAAUUGUAGUUCGAAGUUAUAGUCCUGUCUAUAAUAUAGACGGAAGAGAAAAAUUGAAUUAGGCAAAAUUAGCGUUAAGUGACAAUUGAUUCUUAAUGUUUAAACUCGUUCGGCCCAUUCGUUUUUAUCGGAAGGUAGAGCGAGAAGAAUAUGCGUAGCGAAUCACGAUGUCGCGCGCAGAUUCGUAUUGAGAUCGAAAGAACGAAGUCCAACGAAGGAGAAAAUGAAGAGAAGGAAAAAGACGAGAAGACACGUGCGUCGAUGUGCGAUGUCUUGCACGCUUAUCUCUGGAAGCUUCUUGCAUUCCCUCCCCCGCUUGUCCUUUCCCCAGUUAUGCGAAACCUCCCUUCUCAGGUCACCGCGACAGAGAUUCGUCAUCGAUCAAUCCUCCCUGUUUCGGAGAACGGCGAGAAAAAACCAAAAAGAAAAAAAAGAGAGAUUGCGAGCUAUGAUCUUGCGCGACGCGCACUAACGAGCUUUCGCGUCGCGCAAAUCUACAGCAGCAGCGAUGAAUAAAGAAAGUCGCGGCCGAGAGUCUACUUUCCUCUCCUCGUUUAGAAUCCUAGUUUUUAACGAUCGUCCAAUGGGGUGAGAGGAUCGGUGUGUAAUGUGUCGAUCUUUCUCUUAACCCGUCGGUGAACUCAGCUGUUCGAUAUUAAUUCGUCAACUUCGAGGUCGUCGAAGGUAAAAAAAAGGACGGAAACACCUCUACCUUCGGGAAAUACCACGAAGAAGCACGUUAUAAGGAACGUUAUAAAAUAAUGAGCAGGGAGAUUAAAGUGUCUCUCUCGUUCCAUUGGUCGAGCGCUGUGGCUACCAUGUAGUCGAACAAAUAUAUCCAUUUCCGGAUUGUCUGGGCCGGUAUGAGUGGAUGCCCGUGCGUGAGUGUAUGUGUGAAUAAUGCGAGAAGAGAGAAAAAGAGAUUAUGAACAAAUAUUUUAGGAAGAGAGUGGUCGAGAUUUGAAUGGAGCGUCUCUGCCGAUAGACCUGUUUUUUUUUGCCGCAGCUAUGCUCAAGAACGUCUCUUUAUGCCAGUUUGCGUACACUUCAAUAACGAAUAUCUUACUUAAGCUAUUAGGAAUUAAGUUGUAAAAAUGACAGCUGUUUUACGUGUGUAACAAAAUUUGUUUCUUAUUUAAUUUCAACUGUGCUUUGAAAUUAAAUGUUCCGAAGAUAUAUAAUGUUAAAACAAAUAAGCAAGCGUUGACUUCUUAAAAUUUUUAAAAAGAAGCAAUAAAUGGACUAAAAUGGGCUUAAAUAAGCAGCGCCUAUUUUAGAAUGACGUUCUCGAAUGUAGCUUUGUAUUUCUGUUCGAAGCGUCCACUCUCUGAGCGUGGAACACAAAGGCAAAACACGACAUGCGAAACAUAUGUCUAAUAAUGAAUGAUUUUCUGUACAUAUUAAUAAUAUAUAUAAAUAUAUAUAUAUAUACAUAUAUUCUCUCGCAUAUUGUAAAACACCGUGAUAGGAGAGCCCACACUACACGCUACUACCGAUAUUACCGCAAUGUGUAAACGGUGAAUACUUAUAAAUACUAAUUUUUAGAUAACGGCGCGCUCUAAUGCAAAACAAUACACUAUAUACAUAUAUAAAUAUUAUAUAUAUAAAUAUAUAUAUACAUAGAUAUAUACGAGGCGUACAAGCAGUAUGUGCAUUUUCCAGCACAGAUAGUUGGUAUUUUGUGUACAAAACUGAAAACAAUAUAUUGUUGGACAUUCUCUGGACGCGCCGAAUCCGGGGCCGCUCAUCAUGAUGAAGGCGGAGGGAUGAAAUGACGCUCGAGACGUACGUUUCCGUUGUAAUCGAACGAUUGAACAACGAAACGAUCGACCGAUCAACGGCGCGGAACAGCACGGACGCGCAUCACGAACCAUCGACCCUGUAGUUACUUCAUAUAUCGUCGUCCCAUUUGAAUGUAAUGAUAUUAUCGUCCGAGUCUAUUAGCUCGCUCUUUCUCUCAUUCGCAUCUUACUCGGUGAUGCGCGUCCGAGCCGUUUCUCUUUCGCAUCGCACGUAAGCGACCCACCAUUUAUUCUGCAAACAAAUCCAGAGACGCGAAGGGUCAAUUUGCGAAAAACACAAUUCUGUCAAAUUUUACCAAACUCUCAACACUUCUCUUUUACAUAAAAAGAAAUGUUUUAUCUAAAAAUAUUUAAAUCUAUAUUCUUUUCUAUGAGGAACAGACUCGUGAAGUUUAUUUCAUGAUUUUGCAGAAUAGCGGAAGUCCAAAACGCGGUAUUUGUAGUAGAGUCAGGCUGUAAAAAAAAAAAGCGGACGUGAACUUGUCGUAAUCGCUGAACCGUAAACAAACGGACAAUUCUACUUGUAUCAUAAUAUCUUACAAUAGUACAGCAUUGUAACGGUAAUGACAGUAACAAUAAUAAGGAAUAAUAGUAAUUUAAGGAGCGCGAGAGAGGAGAAAUGUAUGAAAGCGCGAGAGAAAGAGAGAAUGUGUGUGCAUCGGGAGCGGCGGUUCUCCGGUUUUUCUCCGAAACUGAGGAGCCGCGGAAUCGCGAUCGCGUAAAUAGGCUUAGGGCGCUUUGACGCGGGAUACUCGUGCGAAUCCUCCGCCGGAUUAGCCAAAGGAGAAACAUCGGCGAACGUCGUCCUCGUUGUCGUCGCCGGGAGAAGAGCGGGAACCGCGCGUGAGGAACGAAUCGGCACGAGUAUCCGGCGCAAGGGCAAGCAUAAGGGAUUUUUACCAAAAUGACACUCCACACCGCGCGGGGGUGGAAGUAGUUACAAUUAGACGUAAUUCAAAUUUUGUUUUGCAAAACGAAGACCUCAACGGUCUUCUGAUACGAGCGAUUGUUGAGAGCAGCAGUGUGCGGGAGUUUUGCAAAGAGCGAUCGCUGGCACGAUCACUCGGAACGUAGAUGUGUUUCGCAGUUCCGCGUGAUCUUGUAAAUUUUAUCCUCGUUUUUUGUUCUUUUCAUUAAUGGCACAAUCGUCCAAAUUGUUUCCGGGAAGUGCGACGGGCAAAGUGUCGGCUCCGCCUCAUGAAAGAUGAAAUGAUCUCUCUACCUCUUUUAUUACCGCACGUUUCGUCCAUGUGCGAAAAUUGUCGUUAGGAUAAUUUUCAUUGAGACUAACUUUUGAAACGUUACUUCGGAGACUAUUUUUUUUUUUUUUUGGAGAACGAUGCACAGAAGACGGCAUUUGAAUAGUUGUCUCAAUCUAAAGCGACAACGUAACUAUUCGCGCUUCGGAUUUCCGCUGCAUGAUUAAUUUAUCCUUGCAUUGUUCUUAAGAAACCUUAAUACGCGUUUACGCACAAAGUGUGUUUUUCUUUCUACUUAGCUUGUCCGUUUGUCGACAUUUCCCUUUAGCGUUGUUCGUUUCAGAACAUUUGGCCAGUGAUCGAUCGCUGACGCGCGUUGCACGGGACGUAAUCUGAGAGAAUAAAUUGUAUUAUAUAUCGAAACCGAAAAAUCCUCUAUAUGUAAGAAUAAUAAUGUAUAUAUGAUUAUUAUACACGGUAAAUUUGAAUUAAUUGCACUCUUGAGAGAGGAGCUGCUCCCUGAUCUAAUAAAAGAAAUCAAGGCGCACCGAGAACUAGAGAGAGGAAUGGAGAAAGAAAUGAAAAAAAAAUACACGGAUAUACAUAUAUAUAUAUAUAUAUAUAUUAUAUAUAUGUAUAUAAAAAGAAAAAGCACAUUGUUCUCGUAUUCAUUUUGAAAAACACUGCGUUUCUGAUCCGAAUCCAUUUCUGUUUCGUUGUUAGUUUGUACGCACUACAAUUAUCGCAAUUUAUUGUAUUAUCGACGAGGUACUGUAACAAACAAAAAUACUGUUAACUAUUCUUAAAAAAAUUAAAACUUUUGUAAACUGAAA